GGUUUAUGGAAUAAAAGUAAAAACCCAAUUCCCACCCAUUUCGACUGCUACAGCCAUCGUUAUCUUCUUCUCCAAUCGAACCCCAAAACCCUUUAUUCCAUGUACAGUCUCUAGAUAAAUGGCUCUUCUUAAACCCCAUCACACAACUUAUUAUCACUCACUCCGUUUAAUCAUGUCUUCAAGGUUCUUCAUUCCCACUCACGGCCUCUUUAUCUCCUCUGUUUCCCCCACCCCACCAUCUCUUUUCCUCAAACCCAGGUCAAAUUUGGGGGUGAGGACAUUGUUGACCAACAGGGUUUUAGUUCCGAGUGUGUUGGUGCCUCCAAGAAGUAGUUUUAUUUCGUCUGCUUCAUCUGGGUCUGUUGCUGAAGUGAAGAAAGGGAAAGAAGGGCCUGACCGUUAUGAGUCUGAUAAUAUUCAGAUAUUAGAAGGUUUAGAUGCUGUGAGGAAAAGACCUGGAAUGUACAUUGGAAGUACGGGGUUUCGUGGUCUACAUCAUUUGGUUUAUGAAAUACUGGAUAACGCUGUUGAUGAAGCCCAAGCUGGUUUUGCUUCAAAAGUCGACAUUGUCUUACUCGCAGACGGGUCAGUGUGCAUCACUGACAAUGGACGCGGGAUCCCGAUCGACUUGCAUCCCGGGUCAAAAAAGUCCGGAGUGGAGACCGUGUUGACUGUUUUGCAUGCUGGUGGAAAAUUUGGUGGUGCAAGUAGCGGUUAUAAAGUCUCGGGUGGACUACAUGGUGUUGGGUUAUCCGUAGUAAACGCGUUGUCCGAGAAAUUAGAAGUUACCGUUUGGCGAGAUUGCAAGGAAUGCUAUCAAAGUUAUACUCGCGGAAAGCCCUUUAAACCUUUAGCAUGCAAGGCUCUUCCACAUAAAUUACAAGAUCGUACAGGCACCUCUAUAAAGUUUUGGCCCGAUUCCCAAAUAUUUACAUCUGGAAUGGAGUUCGAUUACGAUACUAUUGCUGCACGUGUUCGGGAGCGUGCUUUUCUUGUCCCUGGGCUAACUAUAACUCUGAAAAAAGAGGAUAAAGACCCUGAGAAGAAACGAUACGAUGAAUAUUGCUUUGCUGGAGGACUUGUUGAGUAUGUGAAGUGGCUAAAUGCUGAUAAGCAACCACUUCAUGACAUCUUGAGCUUUAGAAAAGAAGCAGACGGGAUAACUGUCGAUGUAGCUUUCCAAUGGUGUUCGGAUGCAUAUUCAGAUACACUGCUGGGAUAUGCUAAUAGCAUACGUACAGUUGACGGUGGGACCCACAUAGAUGGGAUCAAAGCUUCACUAACAAGAACUAUUAACAACUUUGGAAAAAAGUCAAAGCUUAUCAAGGAUAAGGAUAUCAGUUUAAGUGGCGAGCAUGUGAGGGAGGGUUUGACCUGUGUAAUUUCGGUCAAACUUCCAAACCCGGAGUUUGAAGGGCAAACAAAGACGAGAUUGGGAAAUCCCGAGGUGCGAAGAAUCGUUGACCAUUCACUUCAAGAAUUUUUGACCGAAUACCUGGAAUUGAAUCCCGAUGUGCUUGACUUAAUCCUCUCCAAGUCCCUUAAUGCUUUAAAGGCAGCUCAAGCAGCUAAGCGGGCCCGUGAAUUGGAGAGACAAAAGAGUGUUUUAAAAGUGUCGUCUCUUCCAGGAAAGCUUGCCGAUUGUUCAGCUACAGAUCCCGAAAAAGCAGAGAUAUUUAUAGUUGAAGGAGAUUCAGCAGGUGGAAGUGCAAAACAAGGUCGUGAUAAGAACUUUCAGGCUAUUCUUCCUUUGAAGGGUAAAAUAUUAAACGUUGAAAGAAAAGAUGAAGAAGCAAUGUACAAAAAUGCGGAGAUUCAAAGUUUAAUUCGCGCACUUGGCCUUGGAGUGAAGGGAGAGGAUUUUAAAAAAGAUGGUCUACGGUACCAUAAGAUCAUAAUCUUGACUGAUGCUGAUGUUGAUGGUGCUCAUAUUCGCACAUUAUUGUUAACGUUUUUCUAUAGAUAUCAGAGAGCUUUAUUUGAUGAAGGCUGCAUAUACGUUGGCGUCCCUCCGCUAUAUAAGGUGGAAAGGGGGAAGCAUGCACACUAUUGUUAUGACGAAGCGGAACUUAAAAAACUUCAGAGUUCCUUCCCUUCAAAUGCAUCAUAUCAUAUUCAGAGGUUCAAAGGGUUGGGAGAAAUGAUGCCGGCACAACUUUGGGAAACUACGUUAGAUCCAAAAACGAGGCUAUUGAAGAAACUGGUGGUUGAGGAUGCGGCUGAAGCAAAUGUUACAUUUUCUUCACUAAUGGGUGCUAGGGUGGACGUUCGCAAGGAGAUGAUUCAAAAGGCUGCAAGGAAGAUUAAUUUGAAGCAUCUUGAUAUAUGAAGUUUAUGUUGUGAUGUAGUAGAAGGUGUUUCUUUUGUUAAAUUGUACAGAAAAAGAAAAGGAUUAUCCAAGUAAGAUAUUGCUAGAUCACCUCCAUUUGAAAACAAUUUUUACAAAUUUUUUGAGGUUAAUUUGGUAUUUGUAAUAGAUUUUACUCGGUAUGGGUUAAUUGGAGGUGCAUUUUAUUGAUGACUUAUUGAAUUG